AAAUAAAUCCUACUUUAAUUUGUAUUAAGAAAGCACACUAUUCAAGAAAACAUCUGAUCAGUUUGAAAACCUAAAAUAAUGAAUGCAGUGUUAAAAAAAUCAGUUUAGUGAUCUAGCCAAUGACAUUCACAUAUUUAAGUAUUCAAAUACUUCUGAACCACUGCAGACUUCCAGCCUCCAUCAGCGCGCACAAUGGCCGCAUCCCUGUUGCUUUCUAUUUCAGGUGCUGAUGCAGGCGACGCGCUGUUGCCAUAGGAACAGCAUCCCCAGCAUCAUUUAUUGACAAGCUCCCAGCCGCCGCCCCUCAUUGGUCGCUCGGCUGGCGCUGUGACCAUUCGCGUCGCAGUUAAGAGCGGAAGUCCCGCCCACUAUAUUCACCGUUGCCUUUUUAAGACAAGUAGGCGUGGCUUACAGCGCCGCUCCGCGCCCAUUGAUCGCCCAGCGCAUCAGUCCCGCAAUAAAACUCCUAUCCUCGAGCCGAGACGGUGUGGUCUGGCUUCAGAAGGUCUCCACCCGAGAGUAUGGCGGUUGAGGAUGCUGGAAGAUGCAGAAUAGCUAUUCUGGAAUGCAGCAGCGUCCUUAAGGAGCUCCAAAUGACGCUCGGAGGGGACGCGUGAUGGCGUGUGUGCUCGUCUUGACGGGGCGUGAGGCGUUUUUAUAACCUAAAAUGCACGCAGAUACAUCGGGCAGGCUUUUAAAAGAUUAUUUCUUCAAGCAGCUGUUUGGUUCUGGCUAUUCUAAGUGCUUAGAGAUGCCAUGAAGUCCGCGCAUUGGCUCUUUGUGCGCCUGUGCUAUUUGUCUCUAUGGUGAGUGUUGCAAUACAGCCAGCCAUGGCUCCGCGUCUGCUCGACUUCUGCAAUAUUCAAGGCAAGUUUCCCGUCGCAUCUGAUCGCCUCGGACACUGUUAGCUGGUUCCAUUACGCGCGUCACGUCGGUUCGGAUCCGUGCGCAAUGCGCGAGUAUAAGGUGGUGGUGCUCGGCAGCGGUGGGGUCGGGAAAUCCGCUCUCACCGUCCAGUUCGUGACCGGGACCUUCAUCGAGAAGUACGACCCGACCAUCGAAGACUUCUACCGCAAGGAGAUCGAGGUGGAUUCGUCGCCGUCGGUGCUGGAGAUCCUGGACACGGCCGGGACGGAGCAGUUCGCGUCCAUGCGGGAUCUCUACAUCAAGAACGGACAGGGCUUCAUCCUGGUCUACAGCCUGGUCAACCAGCAGAGCUUCCAAGAUAUAAAGCCCAUGAGAGACCAGAUCAUCAGGGUGAAGAGGUACGAGCGCGUGCCCGUGAUACUCGUGGGAAACAAGGUGGACCUGGACAACGAGCGUGAGGUUUCGUCGAGCGAGGGUCAAGCUCUAGCUGAAGAAUGGGGCUGCCCGUUCAUGGAGACGUCGGCCAAGAGCAAAACCAUGGUGGACGAACUGUUCUCGGAGAUAGUCAGGCAGAUGGACUACGCCUCUCAGCCGGAUAAGGAAGACCCGUGCUGCUCCUCCUGCAAUAUACAAUAACCCCGCACAAUCAGGAACCACGUGAGGUUCUCAAAGGGGUUCAACACGGAGAUCAUCGCUAAAGUGGUGUUCGUACACGUCACGCACACGCGAAUGGCAUCUACACACUAGGGAAUGCUGCAAAUCCAUUGGUUUCAAUGGGAAUGAUGCAUCGCAGAGACAGCCAACAGAAAACGUUCUCUCAACGUUAUGAACAAACCUUCUUCCAGUUCAAAGUUCUCUGGUCUUUAAAAUGUUUAUUUCUAAAACCUUUUAGUCGGAUGUUCAUGUAACAUUUUUCAAAUUUGUUUUAGAAUGUUAGAGAACAUUCAAAAGUAGCGCUCCCUUAAUGGUACAAAAUGUUAAUACAAAAUUCCAUACAAUGGAAUCUUCUCAUAACGGUCGCAUAACCAAGAAAGAACAUUUUUACAACAUUAACGUUCAGAGACCAUUCAGAAAUAAUGUUUUCAUAACAAUGGGAACAUUAGCAAAACAUUUUUAGAACAUAUUUUUGCCCAUUUUUCUUGGUUUUGUGAAUGUUAGAGAAAACAUUAAGGGAACGUUUCAUUUGAUCAUUUUGCAAACAUUAUUGACCGUUCAGGUAACAUUCAGAAAUGAUGUUUUCAUAACGUAAUGGGAACAUUCAUAUGCUGCGUGCACACCAAAAGCAAAGUAGAUAUUCGUAUUAUUGCUUUCAUUUCAUUUUCUGAUACAACCGUGUCAGUAAGUUCUUCACUGAUUGGCUUGUGCGUCACUGCGUCAUGCAAAUUUUCAGCUCAAGUUGAAUUUUUCAACUUGCCUGACCUUAAAAUGUAAAAAUAUCUGCACUCGCUCUUACGGGGAAAAAUAAGGUGGAUAUUUCAUUAAUGGAAUGUUUAUUUCUAAAACCUUUUAGUUGCACGUUCAUCAAACAUUUUUUAAAUGUUACUAUUAGUUUUAGAAUGUUAGGGAACAUUCAAAGUAACAUUCCAUUAAUGUUACAAAAUGAUACAGUGGAAUCUUCUUAUAAUGGUCACAUAACCAAGAAAGAUCAUUGGAUGAAGUGUUUGGGUGAAUUUGGUGAAAAAUAUCUAAUUUUUUUUUUUUCAUUUUUUGUGGUCCACUUUAAAGUAUUUAUUUUAUAUUUUAUUUUUGACAAUUUAUAGCAUAGACUAACUAUUAACAAGAUAGAUAAAAGCUCAAUUUCAGCUGUAGUUAUAAUAAAAUAAGUUUUUUGUAGUUUUAUAGAUGAUUAUAAUUAAAAAAAAAAAAAGGUAAAAUAAAGUUAUUUUAGUAGAAAAUUAGUUCAGCUAAUGCAAGUUGAUGCUUUCAGUGUUUGCAAAAUGUUCAUAAAACACUUAUGUUAACUGCCCAAUUUUCUUGGUUAUGUGAAUGUUAGAGAAAAGGGAAUGUUACAUUUUUAUCAUUUUAUAAAUAUUGGGAAUGUUACUUUUGAAUGUUAUGAGCAUUCUAAAAAAGUAACAUUAAAAAAGGUUUUGCGAAUGUUAUUAAAGGCCACACAGCUUUGAAUGAACGUUCUAUAAAUGUUACUUAAAGAACAUUUGUUCAAUUUUGAGAGAACCUUACUGUAGGUUUGCAAAAGUGAUGU